UUUCUCUACCUCAUCAUCCCUCCCGCAACAGCGCGUACAUACACCGCUAUAGACCGCAUCACGCGAGCGAAAAUCGCAAUCAUGAGCCCCCCGAACGGCAACCCCGUUCACGGUGACGAGGAGCGCAUUGCCCUCCGUCCACUUGUCCUCCAGUCUGGACCCCUCAGGAUCUCCAUACCCGUAUCUGCAACCAACAAUGAUUGGCUCGUUGCCUCCGUGCUGCGUGAAGAAUUCCAGGCCUCCUACCAGGCAUCCGAGCAAGUUGCUGAAGAGUCGGAGCCGCCCAGCGCCCAACCCGAAGUCGAGCUUGUUGCUCAAUUCCUCGCUUUCGUGGCCAAUCGGGCCGAUGACGGCAAGUUCUUUACCCUUUCUAGGGUCUGCGUGCUGCUCUCGGCCGCCAAACAUUUCACGUCCGCUUAUCUGGGUGCGACCGACAUCCAUUCGUUGACGGCAGAGUACGACCCCGACACCCGCGCGUCAGUGCUCACUGCCUACUACACCGGUAUUGCGGCGCUUGAGCGUGCGCUUCCUGCCGAACAGGUCCCUAGGGGCCCAAAAUCUACUCUUUUCGAGGCAGCCAAGAAGGGCGAAGCGCAGAUCUACGGUCUCUUCGGCGGCCAAGGCACCAACGAGGUGUACUUUGACGAGCUCCAGCAGCUGUUCGAAAUUUACGGGGCGUAUGUGCGCGACUUCAUCAGCACCGCGACGUACGAGGUCCUUGUUCCUCUUGCCGCCAAGGCUCAAGAGCAAGGCCACGCAUACUACAACCAUGGGCUCGAUGUACUCGCAUGGCUUACAGGUACCACGCCUCGCCCGCCGGUAGCAUACCUCGCCAGCGUACCGAUUUCGUUCCUCCUUAUCGGGCUUACCCAGCUCGUCCAGUACCUUAUCUCCUGCCGCGUCUUGGGGUUGCACCCUGGAGAGAUGCGCAGCCUGAUCAAGGGAGCAACUGGUCACUCCCAGGGUGUUGUCAGCGCGGUUUGCAUUGCUGCGUCCACGUCGUACGAGAGCUACAAUAUCAAUGUGGCCAAAUCCCUCCGAUGGCUUUUCGCGUGCGGUCUGCGUGGUCAGGAAGCGUUCCCGACUCUGACCGUGGAACCUUCUCUUGUUGCCGACUGCAUCCAAGGCGGUGAGGGCACGCCCUCGCCCAUGUUGGCGGUCACCGGUCUCGAGCUCAGCAAGCUCCGUCCACACAUCGAAAAGACGAACAAGCACCUGCCGGAGAAUUCUCAGCUUAUCGUCUCCCUCAACAAUGGAAGGAAGGCAUUUGUCAUCACCGGCCCCCCUCGUGCCCUCUGCGGUUUAGUCAAUCACCUCCGCAAAGUUCGCGCUCCGUCUGGUCUUGACCAGAGCAAAAUCCCUUUCAGCCAGCGCAAGCCUGUCUUCAGCGUGCGCUUCCUCGUUGUUGGUGUUCCCUACCAUAGCAAGUAUGUUAUCGCUGGUGUCGACAAGGUCAUCGAGCAGGACCUGGACGGCGAAGAGCUGUGGAAGGCAGAGGAGCUUGGCACCGCAGUUUACAACACGUUUGAUGGUACCGACAUGCGUGACCUGAAGACGUCUGUCACUCGCUCUCUGUGCGAUCAGAUUUUCCCCGACCCCAUCUUCUGGGAGAAGGCAUGUGAUUUCCCUUCCACUGCAACCCACGCGAUCGACUUCGGGCCUGGUGGCCUGAGUGGUAUCGGCAGCCUCACGCAGCGGAACCUUGAAGGACGUGGCGUGCGCGUUGUCGUCGUUGGGAACAAGGCCAUGGGCGCUGCGGAGCUCUACAGCUCUGAAAGCCUGCGCACCGCUGAGAAGUGGGAGAAGGCGUUCACGCCCAAGCUCGUCAAGACGCUCGAUGGGCGUAUCCAGAUCGACACCCCCUUUUCCCGUUUGUUGGGCAAGCCGCCCAUCAUGGUUGCUGGUAUGACCCCUACCACUGUCAAGGCCGGCUUCGUCUCUGCCAUUCUCCGUGCUGGGUACCACGUCGAGCUCGCCGGUGGUGGGCACUACAACCCUGCUGCGCUGCGUGCCAAGGUUGCCGAGAUCCAGGCGCAGAUUCCGGCUGGUGUCGGCCUCACCCUCAACGCGCUGUACAUCAACCAGCGCCAGUUCGGCUUCCAGUUCCCGCUCUGGCAGGAUAUGCGUCGUGAGGGUGUUCCCGUCGAAGGGUUCUGCGUCGCGGCAGGUAUCCCCUCCACUGAGAAAGCGGCGGAGAUUAUCGGCGCCCUCAAGGCUGCUGGCAUACGCCACAUCGCCUUCAAGCCUGGUUCGGUCGACGGUAUCAGACAAGUCGUCAAUAUCGCCACUGCGAACCCCGACUUCCCAGUCAUCAUGCAGUGGACGGGUGGGCGCGCCGGUGGUCAUCAUUCGUGCGAGGACUUCCAUCAGCCUAUCCUCUCGACGUACGGCAUCAUCCGCCAGCAGAAGAACAUCGCCGUCGUCGCCGGGUCCGGCUUUGGCUCGGCCGAGGAGGUGUGGCCGUACAUCACUGGUGACUGGAGCAAGGACAUGUUCGGCGUUGAGCGGAUGCCUUUUGACGGUGUCCUUUUCGCUUCCUGGGUCAUGACUGCCAAGGAGGCCCACACGAGCGAGAGCGUCAAGCAGCUCAUUGUCAAGGCUCCUGGUGUAUCCGAUGGACAAUGGGAGGGCACCUACAAGAAAGAAACUGGUGGGAUCCUCACUGUCAAAUCCGAGCUGGGCGAGCCUAUCCACAAGAUCGCCACGCGGGCUAUCAAGCUCUGGAAGGAGUACGAUGAGAGUGUCUUCGCCCUCCCUAAGGAGAAGCGUAUCCAGUGGCUCGCGCAGAACAAGGACAAGGUGAUCGCGCGCCUUAACGCUGAUUUCCAGAAGCCCUGGUUCCCUUCCAAAGCCGACGGCAGCGUCGUGGGCGAUAUUGGCGAUAUGACCUACGAAGAAGUCGUUCGCCGUAUGGUGAAGCUCAUGUUCGUCGCUCACCAGAAACGCUGGGUGGACAUCUCCCUCCGCAACCUGGUCGGCGACUGGCUCCGCCGUAUCGAGGAGCGCUUUGCUGGCGUCAACGGGCACGGCCCCAAGGCCUCUGUCCUGCAGAGCUUCACUUCGCUCGAUGAUCCCGAGCUGUUCCUCACCAAGUUCUUCGAGACGUACCCCGCGUCCAAGGAGCAGCUGGUCGCCUCUGAAGAUAAGGCGUACUUCCUCGCCAUCUCCCAGCGUGCUGGGCAGAAGCCGGUCCCCUUCAUCCCUGUCCUCGAUGCUUCCUUUGAGGUCUGGUUCAAGAAGGACUCCCUCUGGCAGGCCGAGGAUAUCGACGCCGUCGUUGACCAGGACCCUCAACGUGUGUGUAUCCUUCAGGGGCCCGUUGCGGCCAAGUACGCAAAGCAGGCCAAUGUUUCUAUAAAGGAGAUGCUUGGUGGCGUCGAGAGUGCCCUUAUCAGUAAACUUCUUGAGCGGUACUACGCCGGUGAUGAGAGCAAGGUGCCCUCUAUCGACUAUAUUGGUGCUCCCCCUGCAGCGCAUGAUGCCAAGCUCCCUUCGCAAUAUGGCAUCGCCGUCAGCCAGGAGGGUGAGAAGACGACCUACUCUGUUGGCAAGACUCUCCCGCCUGUCGCAAAGUGGCUUGAUUUCCUCGCUGGCUCGGAUGUUAGCUGGUUCUCUGCCCUCUUGCGAUCCAUCACCAUCGCCCAGGACAAGGGAUUCAUCGACAACCCCUUGCGUCGUCUUUUCGUGCCUCGGCCGGAGCAGCGCAUUGAGGUUAUCCGCAAGGACGGGGCAAUCUCCUCUGUCCUUCUGUACGGUUCCAUUCGUAGCUUCGGGCCCAUGCCCCACUCGUUCAAGGCUGUCGAGGUCACCUACGACCAGACGAGGAAGGUUAUUUCGGUGAUCAUCAACGAGCUCCGUGGAAGCGUCUCGAUCCCCCUCACGCUUCAGUUGAACUAUCGGCCUGGCAUGGGCUACUGCCCUAUCCAUGAGGUCAUGGAGAAGCGCAAUUGGCGCAUCAAGGAGUUCUACUGGCGCCUGUGGUUCGGUGACAACGAGUCGCUGCCCACCAUUGGCCUGCGCGACGUGCUGACUGGUCCGGAUGUCAAGAUCCAGGCUGAUACUGUCGAGCGGUUUUGUGCGGUCAUCGGCAACCAGACCGAAUCGUUCAAGAGGGUCAGGAACAGUGAGAUGCAGGCACCAAUGGACUUUGCCAUUGUCACUGGCUGGCAGGCUCUCAUGAAGGCCAUCUUCCCUCCGUCCAUUGACGGUGAUCUCCUCAGGCUCGUUCACCUUUCCAACGGUUUCCGCCAGGUGGAAGGGGCUGGACCGCUCAAGGUUGGCGAUGUCUGCUCGUCGAAGGUCAGCAUCGUUUCCGUCAACAACACUGACAGCGGCAAGUCUGUCACCGUCAAGGGCCAUCUCUUACGCGACGGCCAGCCUAUAAUGGAAGUCACGUCUGCUUUUCUGUACCGUGGCCGUUUCGUCGACUUCGAGAAUACGUUCGAGAAGACGGUUGAGCCCCAAUUCGAGGUGGAGCUCACCACCGCCGCUCAAGUCGGUGUGCUCCUAUCCAAGGAGUGGUUCCAGUGGGAUGAUGAUACUGCGCCCCUGCAGCCCGGCACGACUCUGGUCUUCAAGACCGAAUCCGAGGUAUUCUACAAGGAGAAGGCCUCUUUCUCUGGCGUCCACGUCGUUGGCGCUGCCUACAUUCGUAACCAAAUUCGCGGACUUGUUCAAGUCGCCACGAUUGAUUACGAGAGUGGCCCUACGCAAGGGAACCCGGUCACUGCGUACCUGCACCGCCAUGGCAAGCAGCUCGGCACUGAAGUCAUGUUCGAGAAUGGUGGAUACGCCGUGACAUCUGCCGAGUCGCCUUCCCUCUUCACCGCUCCCUUCACCAAUGAGCCAUACUCGAAGGUGUCUGGAGACUUCAACCCAAUUCAUAUCAACCCAUACUUCUCAUGCUACGCAUCUCUGCCUGGCACUAUUACCCAUGGCAUGUGGUCUAGUGCCGCGACCCGCAAGUAUGUUGAGAGCGUUGCUGCUCAAGGUCACCCAGAGCGUGUUCUCAGCUACAACGUCAACUUCGUUGGGAUGGUCCUGCCUGGGGAUGAGCUGAACGUCAAGCUCAUUCAUGUUGGCAUGAAGGGUGGCAACAUGCUCAUCAAGGUUCUCACAACUAACGCGAAUGGAGACAAGAUAAUUGAGGGCAUGGCCGAGGUGGCCCAGCCUCCUACUGCAUACGUCUUCACUGGCCAGGGCUCGCAGGAGCAGAACAUGGGUGUAGAACUCUACAACAGCUCUCCAGCUGCCAGGGCUGUUUGGGAUGCUGCUGACGCGCAUCUCACCCAUGUCUAUGGUUUCUCCAUCAUUGACAUCGUUCGCAACAAUCCGAAGUCGAAGACCAUUCACUUUGGUGGUAUUAAGGGGCAGGCUAUUCGCCAACGCUACAUUCAAAUGACGUAUGAUACCAUGGAUAAAGACGGUCACGUCAAGACGCUGCCUCUGUUCCCAGAGAUCACAGAUCGAAGCCUGGAGUUCUCCUUCAGCUCACCAAAUGGCCUGCUGUUUGCUACCCAAUUCGCCCAGAUUGCGCUUGUCGUGACCGAGAAGGCCGCUUUUGAGGAUAUGAAGUCCAAGGGUCUGGUUCAGAUGGGAUGUCCAUUCGCGGGUCAUUCUCUUGGAGAAUAUUCUGCUCUUGCGUCCAUCGCAGGUGUUCUGCCUAUAUCCGCUUUGACUGACGUCGUGUUCUUCCGUGGUCUUACCAUGCAACGUGCGGUGGAGCGUGAUGCCCAUGACAGGUCCAACUAUGCGAUGUGUGCCGUCAACCCUGGCCGUGUUUCCAAAACGUUCAACGAUGCCGCCUUGCGUGAAGUAGUGGACGUCAUCGGUCAUCGCACUGAACUCCUCCUCGAAAUCGUUAAUUUCAAUGUCGAAGGACAGCAAUACGUGUGUGCUGGCGAACUGGUGUCUUUACAGACUCUCACAAAUGUCCUCAACUAUCUGAAGACGGAGAAUAUCGACAUCCCAAAGCUUACAGAGAAGUUCUCUGUCGAGAAGGUGAAAGAAAUGCUGGACGAUAUCGUCGAUGAGUGCUUCAAGAUGGCGAAAGCUCUUAAGGAGAAAGAGGGACAUAUCAAGCUGGAACGGGGAUUCGCGACCAUACCUCUCCCUGGUAUAGAUGUACCUUUCCACUCCCGCUAUCUGUGGGCUGGUGUGAUGCCAUUCCGGGCGUAUCUCUCCAAGAAGAUCAACCCCACUCAGCUCGACCCCGACAUGCUGAUUGGCAGGUAUAUUCCCAACUUGAUGGCUCAGCCAUUUGAAGUCACGCGCGAAUACAUACAGAAGGUUUACGAUCAGACAUUAUCCCCCAAGCUUGACAAGGUGCUCCGUCACUGGGACGAAGAAAACUGGUCGCUCCCUGAGAACCGACAGAAGCUGGCGUAUACAAUCCUGGUUGAACUGCUGGCAUACCAGUUUGCAUCUCCUGUGCGUUGGAUCGAGACUCAAGACCUUAUCUUCGCCCGCUACAAAUCGGAGCGCUUCAUUGAGAUCGGCCCCUCCCCUACUCUCACUGGCAUGGCUAGUCGUACCUUGAAAGCGAAGUAUGAGACCCACGAUGAUUCUAUUGGCCGAAGCCGCGUGAUCCUCUGCGCAUCCAAGAACAUCAAGGAGAUCUACUAUCAGUUUGAGGAUGAAGUGACGGAAGAGGCCAAGCCCACGACAUCGGAGGGUCCCGCACCAACUGCCGCGACGGCGGUGGCAGCACCUGCACCUGUCGCAACACCCGUUGCAGCCGCUCCUCCCGCCGGCGGCGCGGCCGAUGUGCCGGAUGAGCCGCUCAAGGCCAUCGAUACGCUUCGAAUCGUCGUCGCGCAAAAGCUGAAGAAAAAGACGGAGGAAAUCCCUCUUAGCAAGACUAUCAAGGAUCUUGUUGGUGGCAAGUCCACCCUGCAGAACGAAAUCCUUGGUGAUCUCCAGCUCGAGUUCGGCAGCGCACCAGAAAAGGGCGAGGAGAUGCCUCUCGAAGAGCUUGGGGGUGCACUGAACGUGGGCUACUCUGGCGCGCUCGGAAAAUACACGAGUGGCCUUGUUGCACGCAUGGUUGGUGCAAAGAUGCCGGGUGGGUUCAACGCUACGGCGAUCAAGGGCUACCUUUCUAAGUCCUGGGGUCUGGGCCCUGCUCGCUCGGAUGCUGUGCUCCUUCUCGGUGUCUCCAUGGAGCCUCCCAAGCGUCUUGCCUCCGAAGCUGAGGCGAAAACAUGGUUGGAUACUGUCGUUACUUCCUACGCUAAGCAAGCUGGCAUCAACAUGUCUUCAGGUGGCGCUGGUGCGGCUGGAGGGGCUGCUGCAGGCGGUGCCGUCAUUAACAGCGAAGAGUUCCUGAAGUUCCAGGCCCAGCAGCAUGCGUUCGCUGAACAGAACAUACAGCUCUACAUGCGGUAUCUCGGCAAGGACUCCCGUGCCGGGGCCCGCUUGUACGAUCAGGAAAAACAGAGCUCAGCCCUGCUGCAGGCCAAGCUCGAUGCUAUCGACAAGGAACAUGGUGACGCUUAUAUCCAGGGCAUCCAGCCUGUCUUUGAGCCCCUGAAGGCGCGCCAUUUCGACUCUUCAUGGAAUUGGGUUCGUCAGGAUGCCUUGGUGAUGUUCUAUGACAUCAUCUACGGUCGUCUCACAACUGUCGACCGAGAAAUCACAGCUAAGUGCAUUGCGAUCAUGAACCGCGCGGAUCCUGCCUUGCUUCGUUACAUGCAAUACCGCAUCGAUCAAGUAGAUGCCACCAAAGGCGAGACCUACCGGCUGGCAAAGGAGUUCGGCCAGCAGUUGCUAGAUAAUUGCAAGGAAGUUGUCACCGAGCCCCCCCGCUACAAAGAUGUGACAUUCCCUACUGCCCCUCACACCGAUGUGACUGCCAAAGGGGAUAUUGUGUACUCUGAAAUCAAUCGCCCGAACGUCCGUAAGCUCGAAGCUUACGUCCAGGAAAUGGCAAGCGGUGGACCAGGUAUUCCAAAGAAUGUCAACUACCAGAAGGUACACGAUGAUGUCACCAAGCUCUGGAAUUUCGUGAAGUCGCAGCCAGAAAUUGGCCAGGAGCAAAAGCAGACUAUCAAGAACCUCCACGAUGAGGUCGUACGCUCCCUGAGGAAGACUCCUGCGGAAACCAGGCUGCGCCCAUCUGGCCAAAGAACACGCCGUUCUUCGUCGCAGUUCCUCCGCCCUAAGCUCUCAUCGCCCAUCACCACUUUGGCAGAAGAUAGGGUGCCGCUUCUGCAUCUCAAGCGCAAGGUCGGCCCAAACUGGCAGUACAGUAGCAACCUCACAAGUGUCUAUAUGGAUGUUCUCACGGAGAUCGCGACCUCUGGUACUACAUUCAGGGAGAAAAACGCGCUGUUGACCGGAGUUGGCAAGGGCUCGAUCGGCGUGGAAAUUCUGAAGGGCCUGCUCUCUGGCGGCGCGCAUGUCGUCAUAACGACAUCUCGCUUCAGCAGGUCAACUGUUGAAUAUUAUCAAGAUAUCUAUCAAAAAGUCGGUAGCCGGGGUUCUGCACUGACUGUAGUUCCGUUCAACCAAGGUUCUCGGCAAGACGUCGAAGCUCUCGUUGACUACAUCUUCACGACACUUGGGAUGGAUCUCGACUACAUUGUUCCUUUCGCUGCCCUUCCGGAGAAUGGUCGCGAGAUUGAUGGUAUCGACGACAAGUCCGAACUGGCUCACCGGAUCAUGCUGGUCAAUGUUCUCCGCCUUAUGGGCGCAGUUAAGAUAAAGAAGGCCGUACGCCACUUCGUCACGAGGCCAACUCAAGUUGUGUUGCCUCUUUCACCCAACCAUGGUCUCUUCGGAAAUGAUGGGUUGUACUCCGAAUCGAAGAUUGCCUUGGAGACCCUUUUCAACCGGUGGAAUGCUGAAAGCUGGGGCGAGUAUCUCUGCUUAGCGGGCGCUGUUAUUGGCUGGACGCGUGGAACUGGUCUAAUGAAUGCCAACAACCUGGUUGCUCACAAGAUUGAGGAGCACGGCGUGCGGACUUUCUCCGCGAAGGAGAUGGCAUUCAACAUUCUAGGUUUGAUGCAUCCUAUUCUCUUCGGCAUCACCCAAGUUGAGCCCAUCUGGGCCGAUUUGAACGGCGGUAUGGAUCGACUUCCAGACAUUGCUGAUAUCACUAUGCGGAUUCGUUCCGAGCUCAAUGCCGAGUCGGAGCUGCGCAAGGCGGUCAACCGCGAUACAUCGGCUGAUUUCAAGGUGGUCCAUGGCGUGGAAGCUGAGCGACUCCAUCAAACGGUCUCAGUAACACCCCGGGCAAACUUCAAGUUCAAGAUGCCUAAGCUGGAGUCGCCGGAUGCUUUCGCGAAUCUCGCUGACCUGCGCGGUAUGGUUGAUCUCGACAAGGUCAUUGUGAUCACAGGUUUCGCCGAAGUUGGCCCAUGGGGUUCCUCACGCACACGCUGGGAGAUGGAAGCUCGCGGACGGUUCACUAUUGAGGGUUGCAUCGAAAUGGCAUGGAUGAUGGGAUACGUCAAGCAUUUCGAUGGGCGUCUGAAGAACGGCCAGCUUUACGUUGGUUGGGUCGAUGCAAAAACAGAGGAGUCUGUCGAUGACAAGGAUAUCAGGGGCAAUUACGAGAAGGACAUCCUGACUCACGCUGGCAUUCGUUUGAUUGAGCCAGAACUCUUCAAGGGUUAUGACCCGAAGAAGAAGAUAGCCUAUCAAGAGAUUCAACUAAACUAUGACCUGGAGCCCUUAGAGGUUGCGGAGGCGGAUGCUGCGAAGUUUAAGCAUGAGCACGGUGACAAUUGUGAUAUCUGGGAAGCAGAUGGCGCUUGGUUUGUCAAGGUGAAGAAGGGCGCUCGGAUCCUCAUACCGAAAGCCUUCCAUUUCGAUCGUCUCGUUGCAGGCCAGAUUCCUACCGGUUGGGACGCGGGUCGUUACGGGAUUCCUCCAGACAUCGUGGCGCAGACCGACAGGACCGCGCUCUGGGCUUUGGCAUGCACUGCAGAAGCGUUGACCAUGUCUGGCUUCACCGAUCCAUAUGAGCUCUACAAAUACGUUCAUCCUUCUCAGGUCGGCACCAGUCUUGGAAGUGGUAUGGGUGGCGUAGAAAGCAUGGCAGCCAUGUUUAAGGAUCGCAAAGAAGAGAAGGACGUGCAGAAGGAUAUCCUCCAAGAAACCUUCAUCAACAGUGUUGCUGGUUGGGUCAACCUGCUCUUGCUCUCGUCGAGUGGGCCAGUAAAGAUACCUGUUGGAGCUUGUGCUACUGCUCUCCAAUCUCUGGAAAUCGCUUGCGAUAGUAUUUUGUCUGGCAAAGCGAAGGUUAUGAUUGCCGGUGGCUUCGAUGACUUCAGCGAAGAAGGCUCCAACGAGUUUGCUAACAUGAAAGCCACAAGCAACGCUGAAACCGAAUUUGCCAUGGGCCGUGAGCCGACCGAGAUGUCCCGCCCAACGACGUCCACUCGGGCUGGGUUCAUGGAAAGUCAGGGCACUGGUGUGCAGGUCGUCAUGAGUGCUAAGACGGCUUUGGAGAUGGGCGCCAGCAUCCGUGCUGUUGUGUCGUACACAGCCACCGCAACGGACAAGCAGGGACGAUCCAUCCCCGCCCCAGGACGCGGUCCCAUCUCCCACGCUCGCGAGAUCUCGCCGUCAAAGACGUUGCCUCUUCUCGACAUCAAGUACAGAGCUAGGCAGCUUGCGUUCCGUCGUCAACAGAUCACGCAGUGGCUAGAGAACGAGCGUGCUGUGCUCAAGGAGGAGAUUGCACUGAGGCGCGAGUCCGGCGAAGAGGUAGAGGACGGCUUCGUCCAAGAACGCGUCGCCUUCAUUGAAGAGGAGGCUGCUCGGCAAGACAAGGAGGCCCUGGGGACAUUCGGCAUGUUGGACGGGUUCGACCCUCGCAUUGCCCCCCUGCGGCGUGCCUUAGCGGUAUGGGGAUUGACCGCCGAUGACAUUGGGGUGAUCUCGAUACACGGAACAAGCACUACUGCCAACGACAAGAAUGAGUCGAACAUCUACGACGAUCUGUUUGGUCACCUUUCACGUACGCCAGGGAACUGUGUUCCCGUCAUCGCCCAGAAGUACCUGACAGGUCAUCCGAAGGGUGGCGCCGCCGCUUGGAUGCUCCAGGGCCUUAUACAAAGUAUCGAGUCUGGCAUUGUUCCAGGAAAUAGGAACGCGGACAACGUGGACGCUGUGCUUCGCAAGUUUGAGUACCUGAUGUUCCCUUCGAAGUCGAUCCAUACGGACGGCAUCAGCGCCGGUUUGUUGACCUCGUUCGGGUUCGGUCAGGUUGGAGGCCUCGCCCUCAUUCUCCAUCCUCGUUAUCUGUUCGCGAGCCUCGCCCCUGAGCAGUAUAAGGACUAUGUGGACAAGAAUCGUAUUCGCGCCAUGUCUGCUUACAAGGCUAUGAGCGAAAUGAUGAUUACCAACUCCUUGGUGAAGAUCAAAGACCAUCCGCCCUACACUGAGGAGUUGGAGACCCCAGUUCUGCUUAACCCUCUUGCUCGUACUGAACGCGAUGCCCUGGGGGGCUACUCGUUCACUGCUAAGCAGCUUCCCAAGAAAGCUCCUAUCGAUGCUGCCAACGCUGCUACGCUCACCGCGGCCCUGUCCCAAGUGUCUGAUGUCAGUGGAGUUGGUGUGGAUCAUGAACUAAUCUCGGCCGUUCCUUCAUCGAACCCGAUGUUCGUGUCCCGUAACUUCACGGAGCAAGAAGUCAGUUAUUGCCGGUCGCAGCCUGAUCCUGCCGCAUCCUUUGCUGCUCGCUGGGCUGGCAAGGAGGCUGUCUUCAAGUCGCUCGGUGUUGCUUCCAAGGGUGCUGCUGCCUCAAUGAAGGACAUCGAGAUCGUCUCCCAGGCCACUGGUGCCCCAUUGGUUGUUCUGCACGGGGAUGCUAAGGCUGCCGCCGAUGCCAAGGGCAUUAAAACGGUGCAUCUAUCCCUGAGCCACUCUGAGACUGCUGCCCUUGCAUUUGCUCAAGCCUCUUCUGCGUAAUCCGUCACGAACUGUCUCUACUCAUGAUUCCAGAUGGUCUUACCAAUCGUUCAUCGUUCAUCCUUUCCUUUUAGGCUCGUAUCCUUUUACGCACGUAACUGUAGUACUUCGCAUGACCAUAGAGUUUCCUUUUCUCGUUUCUCUUUCCAUUAUGAACUCAUUCUAGGUGCUCGACAUAGUAUAGAAAAGCAAAUUCAAUGUUGCGUUUACGAG